UAUCUUAUUACAUCACGGUUCGUACGCUCGUUCGCGGAGUCACGACGUGUGCUUUGAAAGAAACUCCUUUUCGAUAAUGGCGGUGGCUCCUGGAAUAUGUGAAGCACCUGGAUGUAAAGCAGAAGCGAGCUUACAAUGUCCGACUUGCUUAAAAAUUGGAAUACAGGGUUCAUACUUUUGUAGUCAAGCGUGCUUUAAAGAUAACUGGAACUCACAUAAACUAAUUCACCAUCUUGCAAAAGGAGAAAAUGUGAAUAAAAGUUCCGAGUACAAUCCAUGGCCUUCUUAUCAUUACACUGGAAAAUUACGUCCUUUCAAAAGAGAGUCGCGUCGUGAAGUGCCAGAAUGUAUAGGCCGUCCGGAUUAUGCUCAACAUCCAACUGGAAUUCCUAUAAGUGAACAAGCAGUGAGAGGUUCUGCCCAAAUUAAAAUCCUUAACGAUGAAGAGAUUGAAGGAAUGCGCGUUGCUUGCAAGCUCGGUCGAGAAGUCUUAGAUGAGGCUGCAAAAACAUGUGGCGUAGGUGUUACGACAGCAGAAAUUGACAGGGCUGUUCAUGAAGCUUGUAUAGAACGAGAUUGUUAUCCUUCGCCAUUGAACUAUUAUCAGUUUCCUGCUAGCUGUUGCACAUCGGUCAAUGAAGUAAUUUGCCAUGGUAUACCUGAUACCAGGCCAUUGCAAGAUGGAGAUAUUUGUAAUGUCGAUGUCACUGUAUAUCAUAAUGGUUUUCAUGGAGAUCUGAACGAAACAUUUCUAGUCGGGAAUGUUAAACCAGAAGUAAAAAAAUUAGUGGAAGUAACAUACGAAUGUUUGUCAAAAGCUAUAGAGAUUGUACGUCCGGGAGAAAAAUAUAGAGAUAUUGGUAAUGUGAUACAGAAACAUGCACAGGCACAUGGUUUUAGUGUAGUACGCAGUUAUUGUGGACAUGGCAUACAUCGUCUUUUCCAUACUGCGCCGAAUGUACCUCACUAUGCCAAAAAUAAAGCAGUAGGGGUUAUGAAACCUGGCCACUGCUUCACGAUAGAGCCAAUGAUAUCUCAAGGUACAUGGAGAGAUGAAAUGUGGCCUGAUAAUUGGACAGCUGUCACAGCAGACGGUCAGUGGUCAGCACAAUUUGAACAUACUCUUUUAGUCACAGAGAAGGGUUGUGAUAUUCUGACAAAACGUCUAACAAACGAUGGUAAACCAUGGUUCAUGGAUCAAUCGUAGUACAAUUUGUCGUAACAGUGACAAAUCACGUGAUGUCAUCAAGAUGUGCGUAUUUUAUUUUUAUCAGUAAAAUUAAGAUCUUUUUGUGUUUGUUUUAUUGAUUGAAAAAAACAUUUUGUCAAAAAUGAAAAUGAUUAACCCGGCUAAAGAAACUAAUGGAAAUAGCUUUGUCCAUCAGCGUUUCCUUAAUGUUUCUUUUUCUAUUUAAAAAGGAAAAAAUUACUGCCUCCUGUAUCAUACUAAUAUUUCGCCAAGAUGAUAAAUAUGUACAUACGAGUAUAAUGUUUACCUUUCAAUUGCGCGGGAUGUUCAAAAUAAAAGAUUAAAAUUA